CUGCGGAUUCUGUUCGACGGAGUCGUGAUGAAAGACGCAUGCGGGAUCAAGAAACGAAGCAGAUAAUUGGCCGGCGUGUGAGCGAUUCCAGGUCAAUUUUCGAGCAGAAUUCAGCCGCCGGUCAGUUGAACGCUCGUCAGUCCAACGGUCUAUCGUCUCCCACAGCGGCUGCUCCGAAAGCACCGAGUCCUCAGCGCGUCAGUCCUCUUCCGGCAAAUAAUGUGAUAAACAACCGUGAACCGGAGCGGUUUGUGGAGGAUGUUCCUGUUCAGCGAAUUAUGACGAAUAUCGCUGUUGAGCGCGAGGAAAUCAUAGAAGUAAGAGUC